GUCAAUUUCAAGGACAAUCUUCAACCCUCAUUGAGCGGAUUAGAUGCUUUUGAUGUUGCUGUUUCUUUUGUUUCUGUGAUAGUGAUAAAUACAAAGUUUUACAGCAUCAUAACGUUUUAAAACUAUUCAGUUAUAAUGCCUUUUUUUUCUUCGUUGCUGGUUCUGCACAGAUUUUGUGCUACUUUACGACAUUGUCUCCUUCACUUACGUUUUUCUCGUUAGAAGUAUACCAUGCCGACAACCUUUGGUGACUUAUCUUCCAAUCAAAAACAUUUGUCUAUCUACAAAGCAACUAAACUUGGGAAUCAGUAAAGCAAUAGUGGGACGAUAGUUUUAAUCUGAACAAUUGUUACAUGUCAAACUACUCUUUGUAGUCGAUGAAAAAUGUCAUAUUUUCGUCUUAGAAGUCUGGCUAGUGUUGUGAGUCUCGGUCAUCACACCAUAUGGUUUCCAUCAUUGGCUGAAAUUAGUUGCAAUCCAAAAUAAUUAGUGUUGUGCUGGAGUUUUAAGUUACGUUUAGAGGCUAAGAAUAAAAGCUAGAAUGAGAGAAUACCACAUAAUAUUCUUGGACCUUGUUCUGACCAGCGUUCGGUAAGCCUUGUAUGUGCCCUUUGUAUACCUGAAUCUCAUUUAGAAACAAUUUUUAAUGCUGUAAAUGUAUCUAUCGUCUCAGUCAUAUGAUGCCUACAAUAACAUUCUACCAUUCCUACUGAAUAUUCCUUGGUAUCAUUAUUUUUAAGAUACAAUCUACAAGUGAUUUAUAGUAGCACAGUCUCGUGUUAAGGAACUUGUGGAUCGUGCUUAUAAUGAUAUUCAGAAAUUCUGACAUGUUUAGCUCACUGAUACGUAACUAAACACAAAAACUACCUUUUGGUUUUGCAGGAAAAUGAAUUAAUGUUAUCUUUAUGGUGUAUAUAGUUUUCACCAAGUACAACGCUUAAGCUAUCUUGCUUAAAUGACGACCUUGUGAUUUAGUUCUAUUGGACCAUGUUUCAUUAAAAACCCUAUAUUAUGUCUUCUUAAUAAUCAUUAACUUGAUACAACUAAACAUUGUUCUAGGAAACGGUAAACAUUCUGCGUAAUUUGAGGCUACAUCAAAUUUAAUACGUCCUGUCGCUAAUUGACUUACUCUUGAAGUAGUUUUACCUGGUAUUUUAUCAUGAUCUACAAAGUGUUCUUAAAAAAUACGAGCAGAUACUGCUCCUAUUUUCUAAAUACGUGUCAAAAUACAUCGUCGGCUUGUCAGGGUUCCCGUUAAAAAGUAUAAAGUGCAGUCUGACUCCUAAAAGAUAAUGUCAAGAAGGGCUCAUUUGAAUAUAUCUUAGUCUGUUGUAUUGUUACUUAUGGUGGCAAUUAUUUCAUUGUAGUAGAGUAACGCCUAAAUUUGAGAAGGAAAGUUAUUCAGAAUCCAAAUGGUCUAAAUUUCUGUGGAAGAUUGAAUCAUACCGAUAAAAGUACUCCGAUUUCAUUUGUUUAACUUCCAACCAUUUGCAACUAGUGUUAGUCAGGUUGUUUUUUAAUUCUUCCAUAUGUUAGAAACAUCGCACUAGUGACCUUACUAAUAUUAUUUAUUUUUUGACUUAAAUACGAAGCCUUUACUUCUUUCUAGAUGCUCCACAUUGUCCGCUGUUCAUAUAAAUUUGAGGUUUUCUUGAGAAAUGUAAACAUCAGGAGCAUAUCUGGAGUGGCAAAUACUCUUGAUGUAAGGAAAAAAAUAAAAGAUAUACGUGAAAAGAUUCUUCUUGGAGGCGGUGAAAAGCGCUUAGAAGCACAACAUAAGCGUGGAAAACUUACAGCCCGUGAACGUAUAGAAUUACUGGCUGAUUCUGGAACUUUUAUCGAAUAUGAUGCUUUCAUGGAACACGAUUGUCAUGAAUUCAAUAUGCAGAAGCAAAAGAUUCCUUGUGAUAGCGUUGUCACUGGAAGAUGUCAAGUUAAUGGACGUCCGGUUUAUUUGUUCAGCCAAGAUUUCACUGUAUUCGGUGGUAGCUUAAGUCUUGUUCAUGCUCGAAAAAUAUGCAAAGUUAUGGACCAAGCAAUGUUAGUUGGUGCACCCGUUGUUGGUUUAAAUGAUUCUGGUGGUGCACGUAUUCAAGAAGGUGUUGCCUCUUUAGCAGGCUAUGCUGAUAUAUUUCAGCGCAACGUAAAUGCAUCUGGUGUGAUUCCUCAAAUAUCUCUUAUUCUUGGUCCAUGUGCUGGUGGAGCUGUCUAUUCACCUGCACUUACUGAUUUCAUAUUUAUGGUUCAUGAUACAUCAUAUUUAUUUAUUACUGGACCAGAUGUCGUAAAAUCCGUUACCAAUGAAGAUGUUACUCAGGAGGAACUUGGUGGAGCUAAAACCCAUACCACUAUAUCAGGUGUGGCUCAUCGCGCUUUUGAAAAUGAUGUCGAUGCACUAUUAUCAUUGCGUAGAUUCUUAACAUUUCUACCUCUAUCUAAUAAAGAAAAACCACCAAUUCAAGAAUGUCAUGAUCCAAUCGAUCGAUUAGUUCCCUCACUAAAUACAAUAGUACCUUUGGAACCGACAAGUGCUUACGAUAUGGCAGAGAUUAUAAAAGAUAUUAUUGAUGAGGGUGAUUUCUUUGAAAUUAUGCCUACAUAUGCUAAAAAUAUUAUUAUAGGUUUAGCACGAUUAGGUGGACGAACUAUUGGAAUUGUUGCAAAUCAACCAAAAGUUUCUGCUGGUUGUUUAGAUAUUAAUGCAUCAGUUAAAGGUGCACGUUUUGUUAGAUUUUGUGAUGCAUUUAAUAUUCCAUUAAUAACAUUAGUUGAUGUUCCAGGUUUUUUACCUGGUAUAAAUCAAGAAUAUGGUGGUAUUAUUAGACAUGGUGCAAAAUUAAUUUUUGCUUACGCUGAAGCAACUGUUCCAAAACUUACAAUUGUAACUAGAAAAUCAUAUGGUGGUGCUUAUUGUGUAAUGAGUUCAAAACAUUUACGUGGUGAUAUUAAUUAUGCUUGGCCAACUGCUGAAGUUGCUGUUAUGGGAGCUAAAGGUGCUGUUCAAAUUAUCUUUCGAGGUAAAGAUAAUCAAAGUCAAGCUGAAGAAGAAUACAUCAAAGCAUUUGCUAAUCCAUUUCCAGCAGUUAGUCGUGGUUACAUUGAUGAUAUAAUCGAUCCGCAUUUAACACGUUUACGUUUAUGUCAUGAUUUGGAAUUAUUAGAAAGAAAGAAAUUGGAAAAUCCUUGGAAAAAACAUUCAAACAUGCCACUUUGA